ACUGCAUAUUCAUUGAAUCCAUUGUUGUGGGUCUGCGGGUAAUGUUUUGAAAAAUAAAAAUUUUCUCACUGAAAAAUUUGUAGAGUUUAUUUGGGAAUUAGAGUAAUUGGAGCUGUUUGAUCUGAAGAAGUGGUUACAGUUUAUUUGGAUAGUAUGGCCAGCGUUGCAGUCGAACCUUCUUCCAAUUUAGUGGCUUGUUUUGUCAAUGGGAAGCUCAGGUCAGAAUUGACCAUAUCAUCAUUAGCUGAGUGUUUUGUACAGGAAGAUGGGAAAUUGAAUUUGCAAAACUCACUGACAAUACAAUUUGGAUUAACCAAAAAUGAAUCGAUAAAGCUGAUAUCCUGGUUUGUGAAAUCUAGGUCUCAGCUGAGUUCAAAUAAAAGAACCAUAUCUGCUGCUAAAGAAAACAAAAGCGAAGAUAUUGAAAUUUUUCUAUUGGCACUACUCCAAAAUGACACUAUUAAUGUGUAUUCAAUAUUUCAAAAAGCACUAAUAAAAACUAUCGAUCUUUCUCAGCAGACAAUAUCUAUUUCUUUCUUAAAUGACAAGAUUUAUGCUAUUGAUAAAAGUCUUAAUAUCAAAAGUCUUACCAUUGACAACAAGUUUAAUUAUAAGUUGGAACAGAUCAGGUCAUUGUCUGAAAACUCCACUUUAAAACGGUUUGAUACUAACACUAAACAAAAUGAAAUUGAAACUUGUAUGGAAAUUAUUGAAUUUAAUACUCGAUUUUACUUGUUUGUAUCAAUAAAAAACAACAUAUUUUUAGUUGAUGUCAAUAGACCUCAGGAUAUUAUUGAAGCAAAGCUAUCAGAAAAAUUGAAAAACUUUUCAAGAGUCCAGAUUCAUAAAAGCAUUUUAGCCGAAAUUGAAUACUAUAAUCUUAUUUUUCUUGACCAAACAGACGACAAGCAAAUUAAUAUUGCAACACUUGAAGCGAUAGACCCUGCGUUUCAAAUAAAAACUUCAAAACACUUUUUAAACAAACAAAAACCAAAUUUCAAAAUAAAUUAUGUCAAUACCGUUACUGCUUCAUCUUCAAUUAAUAGUUGUGAAUUAAUCAAUAUAUUGGACAGCCAAGUGCUAGUAACAUUUUUAACUAAUAAUGUUAUUGAAUUUUUCUUUAAUCCAUUCUCAAGUUCUACAAAAAAAAAGUCAAAUCUUAGACUUACCUUCAACAAAUUGAAUUACAAGCUAAAAUCGAUUUUUUAUAAUGAAAUAAUUUCAAAAAAUCAUAUUACAGUAUCAUUUUUGACAAAAACUAAUCUGCAAUUAUGUCUAUUUUCUAUAAACAAUUUUGACAUAAAGCAAAUUAGUAAUGAUGAUGAUGUCACCAAUAUUUUUGUGAAUUUUCCAGAGCUUGACUCAACACCAAGAGUUAUUGAACCUGAUUUUCAUAAUAAAAAAGUCAAAGAUACUAAAUUGAAAGAAAAUACCGAUGCUAAUAUUACUACUAGCAUUAAUAAUAAUAACAAUAAGUUGAAAGAAGAUAAUAAAUCGAAAGAUGAUAUCCCUGUUGAACUUCCUAUGACUAAAACUAAAUUAAAAAAGUUAGAAAAAUCAAAAAAGCUUGCUAAGAAGGUAGCUGAGGAAAAGAAAAUAAUUCCUAUGGAUGUUGUAGUGUCUGAGGCAGUUAAAUAUUUAAAUGGAGAUGAACCAUCAAAGAAAAAAAUAAAAUAUAUAUUGAAUUUAAGUUAUCCAACAACCCCAGCUAAAAAAGAUAAUAAAAUCAACUCCAUAAAUGUUAAAACAAAUUUAGAAAAUUUUAUAAAGUUAAUUGUCAAAUCAUUAAAGUCAAACGGCAAUUUGGUUAACGUUUUUGUGCUGAUUUCCAAUUUCUUCUUGAAGCAAUAUUCUAAUUCUAAUAAAAUCGAUCCCAGCUAUAAUAUCCUCAGCUUAUGGAUUAAAAAUUUACUUUUAAUUCAUGGAGGAUGUAUUCUUAGUAAUGCAAUUUCAUCAAACAGUAAGGAAGAACCAAAUGCCAUAAAUAAUAUAAGAGCAAUUAAUAACAUAAUUAAUAAGAAAAGGGCUUCUUUGUCAACAUACUUGUUAUUGCAAGGAAGAUUAAAUUUAUUAAAAUCGCAAUAUUCCUUAAGAAGCGAACUUUCAAAUAUGGAAAGAAAGAGCUUCAAAGGCUCUAUUUACGAUAAUCCCUUGGAUCAUCAUGAAGUGAGCGAUGAUGGUGUGCAGCAUAUAAAAACAGAUAACAUUGUAUUUGCUAAUGGUGAAAAUGAUGAAGAAGACUUUGAGAAUAGCGAUGCUGAAAUAGCACCUGAGUUAAUCGAAGAAGAUUAGAAAAUUAUUAAGAUUUUUUAUAGUUCUGUAUAUUAUACUUUAAUUUUAUAUCAUUGAUUGGUAAAAAUUAACGACUUUUCAAAAAAAACAUUUUUUGGAUGGAAUCUUUCUUUAUGAAAUUGGUAAGAACAAAUUUUAAAACCCACUCUAAAAUUCAGAGCUACUUAUGAAUUUAUCAUAAUUUAGUUUUAAUAUAGUUGCAGUUUUAAAGCAUGAAAUUUGAAAACUGAUGAUUUUGUUGAUUUGGAAAGAGUGGCAAAAUCUAGUGUGGUAAAGAAAUAAAAAUAAAGUAAUUUAAACAGGUUUUGCUACAAUAAAACUUUCUAAAAAAUUACAUUUCUUCCUUUUAUAAUUUUUU